UCCUCUCACAUUCUCUUUUCUUUCUUCUCUCCCAUAUACACACACUUUCUCUCUCUAUACCCAUUCUUCGUCUUCUACCUCGGCGACACCACUAGUAGUCACUCAAGUCGUCGAAAGGAGAACAUCAAAAAAGAUUUUCGGUGAGAAGGAUCGAGUGAGAGAUUCUUCAUCGGCUUUAGUUGUCUACACGUCUGUGCUCAUGAGCCGACGGCGACUACUGUUAUCGGCGACGAUACUCUCGUAUUUGCUCCACGGAAUGGCUCUCGUCUCCGUCGUAGCCUCCGGCGUGGAGGAGGUUAGAGAUAACGUGGAUUUGACCAAAACGACGACGUUAGCUACAACCUCUACGCAUCGGAAGAUGCUACGUCUCUCUCAUGCAGAGACGAGAGUAGAGCCGGAUAGGAUCGGAGAGAAGUGCAAGAAGUCAGACAUUGUGGUGAACCAGGCAGCGACCGAACCUAUGCCCAACGGAAUACCCGGUUACACCGUGGAGAUCACGAACCAGUGCAUGUCUGGAUGCAACAUCUCGAGGAUCCACGUCAGCUGCGGUUGGUUCAGCUCCGUUAAGUUGGUUAACCCGAGGGUUUUCAAGCGUAUUCACUAUGAUGACUGUCUCGUCAACAACGGGAAGCCUUUGCCUUAUGGCUCUACGCUCUCUUUCCACUACGCCAACACUUUCCCUUACCGUCUCGCCGUCGCAUUCGUUACCUGCUCUUGAGACCGGAUCUUUUUCUUUCUUAUAUAGGAUAAGAUGAUAGUAGAAACAUGGCGGGAGGAAAAUUAAGAUACAGGAAGUAUGAUUGAUAUUAAUCAUAUUCAUACCACACUCAUCCUCUUUUGGGUUAUUUUCUUCUCUUUAGGAUGUUAAAUGUUUUUGAGCAACAGUGAUAUAUAUAUAAAAGAAUCUAUCAACCUCCCC